GGUUACACAGGGCACACCCAGUCCUGACUUCAACACUUCAACACAGGAACUGAAAAAUAGGAAAAAGGGACAGGACAGACAAUUGGAUCCUUCUGGGGAACAGCACGGGAUAAUCACAGAGAGUACAGCUUUACCACAGAGGUGACAAUCCUUGCAACAAUGGGUGACUCUGGAGAGGACUAUGGAAACUACACCUAUGAAUAUGACAUGGAGUAUGGCGACAUGGAGGAACUUAAAGUAGACCACAGACAGAGGGAAACUAUGCACAUUAUCUCAGUGGUCAUCUAUAUUAUUUCCUUUGUGCUUGGUCUGAUUGGAAAUGGAACUGUCAUUUGGGUGACAGCGUUUAAAAGCAAAAAGACAGUUAACAGUAUUUGGUUGCUCAAUCUAGCCAUGGCCGAUUUUGUAUUUGUGCUUUUUCUACCCUUCUCCAUUGAUUACAUACUGCAGGACUUCCAUUGGGACUUUGGUAAGGUCAUGUGUAAGCUUAACUCAUUUGUGUCUGUGAUGAACAUGUAUGCCAGCGUGCUCUUUCUCACAGUGCUCAGUAUAGACAGAUAUGUUUCUCUGGUCCACCUCAACUGGUGUCAGAGGUAUCGCACUAAAGAGAGAGCCUGGGUUGUAUGUGGUUGCAUAUGGGUGCUGGCUGCUGCCUUGAGCUGUCCUGCACUGAUUUUUCGUGACACCAUGCACUUACGUGACAAGGUGGUGUGCUUCAACAACUUCCACACACAGGACGGACAUACAGCAGUCAUGAUACACAUUAUGACAGUGGUCAUUCGUACCACUGUGGGCUUCCUUUUGCCUUUUACUGCCAUAUGUGUGACGGGUAUACUUCUGACAAUCAAAGUGAAUCAAUCUGGGGGCUCGGUUCGGCUGUCCAGUUUCUCCAAAACAGUAUCUGCAGUAAUUCUGGCCUUCUUUUUAUGCUGGGCACCUUUUCAUACUUUUAGCUUGAUGGAGUUAUCCAUACAUUCCUCAUUAUACCUACACAACAUACUGAAAGCUGGCUUUCCUCUUGCCACCAGCUUAGGCUUUUUUAACAGCUGCAUUAACCCCCUCCUGUAUAUGUUCCUGAGCAAAAAGGUACGUCAUAUCCUGAAGCGUGCAUGCCUGGACAUUACUAAGAGUUCACUGAGAGAGCUCAGCCAGUCAAUCUCUGCCACUGAGAUAGAGUCUGAGCCAGAAGUUCAACAGGACAGUGUCCCAGAGGAGCCUGUGGAGUCGUCAACUCUAUGAUUACAACUAUCCUCAGACUGUAGUAGUUGUCCAUGAAAAACUUGAAAGUAAGACUGGCUAUUACUUUAGUGUAAAUGUGGAGGAUUAUCAUGGCUGUUCUUUCCAGCUAUAGUGUUAAGAUCUUCCUAUUUUGUGUCAUUUGGACAGAGUAAUGUGUAAUUACUCUCAAUGAAAAAAGCUAAAUUGAAACGGAGUUAGUAUCUUUCCACUUAGUUUUAAUUUGUAUAACUUAAGUGAUUUACAGAGAAUGUAGUCUAUAUCGAUUACGUUUCAUUUACAGGAUAGUUCUGCUGCCGCCGGAGGUUCCGCCGGAUGUCCCUAAUAUUCAGCCGAAUGUCCCUCACCUUCCGCUUUCUUUGUGUUGGCAUUCUAAAUUUUGGUCGAUUCAAGAAACAUCCUCAGAGCUAGAACCGACAAUCAAAUUACUUUUAUCUUUAUUUAAUCACACACUUUACAGCCAUUUUAAUUCCAGAGCACGCCUGCCUACAUGCACAUGUUCCACCAAAACAAGUUCCU